GUUUCCCGGGAAAGCCGCUGCUUCCUCCCUCUUUUCCCGAGGGGACUUCCGCCCCUUUCCCCGGGAGGUACAAAUGAUGCAAAAUGUGCACCUGGCUCCAGAGACUGAUGAAGAUGAUCUUUAUUCUGGUUACAAUGAUUACAAUCCAACCUAUGAUACUGAGGAAUUGGAAAAUGAUACAGCUUUUCAGCAGGCUGUGAGAACUAGUCAUGGCAGAAGACCUCCAAUAACUGCCAAAAUACCCAACACAGCAGCAACUCGACCGAUAGCCACUGGAUAUGGGUCAAAAACAUCACUGACUUCAUCAUUGGGAAGGCCAAUGACAGGGGCCAUUCAGGAUGGCGUUGCUCGCCCUAUGACAGCAGUAAGAGCAGCUGGUUUCACGAAAGCAGCUUUAAGAGGUUCUGCUUUUGACCCUCUUGGUCAGUCCAGAGGCCCAGCUCCUCCAUUAGAAGCCAAAAAUGAAGACAGUCCAGAAGAAAAGAUUAGACAACUAGAAAAAAAAGUAAAUGAAUUGGUAGAAGAAAGCUGUAUCGCCAAUAGUUGUGGAGACUUAAAAUUGGCCCUAGAAAAAGCAAAAGAUGCAGGAAGAAAGGAGAGAGUAUUGGUGAGACAACGUGAACAAGUGACAACUCCUGAAAACAUCAAUUUGGACUUAACUUACUCAGUUCUUUUCAAUUUAGCCAGUCAGUAUUCAGCUAAUGAAAUGUAUGCUGAAGCACUAAACACAUAUCAAGUUAUAGUGAAGAAUAAAAUGUUUAGCAAUGCAGGAAGACUGAAGGUAAAUAUGGGAAAUAUUUAUUUAAAACAGAGAAAUUAUUCCAAAGCCAUCAAAUUCUAUCGAAUGGCUCUAGACCAAAUCCCAAGUGUUCAUAAAGAGAUGAGGAUUAAAAUAAUGCAAAACAUUGGUGUUACAUUUAUCAAAACUGAUCGGGAAAAAAUGAAGAAAGCUUUCCAAAAACUGAUUGCUGUUCCAUUAGAAAUUGAUGAAGAUGACAAAUAUAUUUCACCAAGUGAUGAUCCCCAUACUAACUUAGUGAUUGAAGCUAUAAAAAAUGAUCAUCUAAGACAAAUGGAGCGGGAAAGGAAAGCUAUGGCAGAAAAAUACAUCAUGACAGCAGCUAAACUCAUUGCUCCUGUAAUAGAAACAUCUUUUGCUAUAGGAUAUGAUUGGUGUGUUGAAGUAGUAAAAGCUUCUCAGUAUGUAGAACUUGCAAAUGAUCUGGAAAUAAAUAAAGCAAUUACAUACUUGAGGCAAAAGGACUUUAACCAAGCUGUGGAAACUUUAAAAAUGUUUGAAAAAAAAGACAGUCGAGUUAAAAGUGCAGCUGCGACCAACCUUUCAUUCCUUUAUUAUUUGGAGAAUGAAUUUACCCAAGCCAAUAGCUAUGCAGAUUUAGCUGUGAACUCUGAUAGAUACAAUCCUUCAGCUCUCACUAAUAAGGGAAAUACUGUUUUUGCAAAUGGAGAUUAUGAGAAAGCAGCAGAAUUUUAUAAGGAAGCCCUGAGAAAUGACUCCUCUUGUACUGAAGCACUUUAUAAUAUUGGUUUAACAUAUAAGAAGCUGAACCGCCUAGAUGAGGCUUUGGAUUGUUUCCUGAAACUUCAUGCAAUUCUACGAAACAGUGCCCAAGUUCUUUACCAAAUAGCAAACGUAUAUGAAAUAAUGGAAGAUCCAAACCAGUCUAUUGAGUGGUUGAUGCAGUUGAUCAGUGUGGUUCCAACUGAUUCCCGCGCCUUAUCCAAACUAGGAGAACUAUAUGAUAAUGAAGGAGAUAAAUCCCAAGCUUUUCAGUAUUAUUAUGAGUCAUAUCGGUAUUUCCCUUCUAACAUUGAAGUCAUUGAGUGGCUUGGAGCCUAUUACAUUGAUACCCAAUUCUGUGAAAAAGCCAUUAAGUACUUUGAAAGAGCUGCUCUUAUUCAGCCCACCCAAGUGAAAUGGCAGCUAAUGGUUGCUAGUUGCUAUAGAAGAAGUGGUAACUACCAAAAAGCUUUAGAUACUUAUAAGGAGAUUCACAGAAAAUUUCCAGAAAAUGUUGAAUGUCUGCGCUUCUUAGUUCGCCUCUGUACAGAUAUUGGACUAAAAGAAGUUCAAGAAUAUGCAACAAAACUCAAGAGAUUGGAAAAAAUGAAGGAAAUAAGGGAACAGCGCAUAAAGUCUGGCAGAGACAGCACUGGCAGUUCUCGUAGCAAAAGAGAGGGAAGUGCGGGCAGCGAUAGUGGCCAGAACUCUAGUACCAGUAGCAAAGGUGAGCGUCUGAGUGCCAAAUUACGAUCUUUACCGGGGACAAAUGAACCUUAUGAAAGUAGCAGUAACAAAGAAAUAGAUGCCUCAUAUGUGGAUCCACUGGGUCCACAAACAGAAAGACCAAAAACUGCAGCCAAAAAACGAAUUGAAGAGGAUGAUUUUGCUGAUGAAGAAUUAGGAGAUGACUUGCUUCCUGAGUAAUGUGUAUUUUAGUGUAAUUUACUAGAGUGGAUGAAUCUCCUUACAAGAAAACAUUCAUGUUAACUUUUUGAUAACAUAACUUAUAUUUAAUUUUGUAUUAAGUCAAAUUUGGUAAAAUUUAAAGCUUAAAUAAAA